UGCCGUACAUGACGUACCGAGUGGGCGGAACCCUGUCGUUUCGAUUAGCUACUCCUGAAAGUUUGCGGAAGUUUAAGUUUAUAGCUAAAGUUGGAGUCAUACGUCAAGAGACUAAAACCAGAAAGAGCCUUGAUAUUUUUUUUUUAGUUGUACUUCAAUAGAUGGACCUCCGUUCAGAGAAAAUACAGCGGAUCCUCUCCAAGUACAAAUUCCAUGAUGUUGCGGUUGAGGAGCUGCAGAAGAUCCAUCGAAUCUACCCUGGGAUGCUGCCAUCCACAGGCACAUACACAUUUAGCGACAACACCCAAAAAGAUCUUGUGAGAUUAGUUGGUAACGUCCCAGUCAAGUAUGGAGGUCGCUCUUACAACUUCCCCGUUCAGCUGUGGUUGAUGGACUCAUUCCCCUUCACUCCUCCCAUAUGCCUCCUGAGACCAACCCCUAGCAUGGCCAUCAGAGAGGGCAAACAUGUUGAUGGAGGAGGACGGAUUCACCUGCCGGGGCUGCACAACUGGGAUUAUCCCAAGUCAUCUGUGGUUGGUCUUCUGUCUGAGAUGAUGGCCAAGUUUGAGGAGGAUCCUCCACUGUCCUCAAAGACCACGGGGGAAAACAAAGACCCCCACGAGCUCCUGGCUUUUGUUUCUAAUCUGCAGAUCAAUGACGGUGGAAACAGACAUCAUGAUCAACAAACUAACAAAGUGUCAGUUAUCGGGGGAGGAGAUUUAGGAAUGGCAUCGGUGAUGAGCAUUUUAUCAAAGUGUAAAGUGGACCAACUUGUUUUCAUUGACGUCACUGAAAGCUCAACAAAGGGCGGCAGCACUGAUCUGGAGAUAUUCCGACUGCCCCAGGUGGAAGUAUCCAGAGAUUUGGCGGCCUCUGCGGGCUCCAGGGUUGUCGUGGUGACCGCAAAUGCAUGGAGCAGCGAGCAGUCGUACGUGAGCGUGGUUCAGACCAAUGUGGACUUGUACAGAGGGAUCAUCCCAAAUCUUGCACGUUACAGCCCCAACGCAGUGAUGCUCAUCGCUUCACAACCAGUCGACAUCAUGACCCACGUUGCCUGGAGGCAGAGUUGCCUGCCUCCGACACGGGUGAUCGGAGCAGGGUGUAACCUGGACUCAGAGCGACUCAGUCACAUCCUGGAUAUAAACCUGAACACUCACAAACCAGCCUGGGUCAUAGGGGAACUGUCAGACAGCAAAGUUGCUGUGAUGAGUAACAGUGGGCUGAGCUCCAGCGUGCAGACACAGAUCGCAGCCGAAUCCAACUCUACCAAACCGUUGUUAGACAGGGCGUUUGAGAUGAUGAAGAAUCGAGGCCAGCGGUCAUGGUCUGUGGGUCUGUCCGUCGCUGACAUCACAAACAGUGUCCUGACGGAUAAAAUGAAGACCCACUCAGUCACCACCCUGGCUCAGGGCUGGGGUGGCAUAGGUGCAGAGGUGUUCCUCAGCCUGCCGUGCAUCAUGGGAUCAAAUGGUUCCACGCGUUUGGCCGGAGUGUCACUGGGGCAGGAAGAAGACGCCAAACUGAGAGAGAGUGUCACCUCCCUUUCUAACCUCAUUGGUCAGCUCAAGAUAUGAAGGAUUUGAUUGUUUUCCCAGUUUUGGUUUAAUUUAACAGUUUGGGAGAUAGCAGCUGCUUGUUGACUGUUGUCCAGUCAACACAAACACUCUUCAAAUGGACUGUGCCUUUGCUGAAUUUGAAUGCAACUAACACUCACACUAGAAUUUUGAAGUUAUGGAUAUAAUUAUGGUCUUAUAUAUGUAUAGUUUAAUCAUAAGAUUUGUUUAUAUAUUCUUGUUGGAUACUGUGUAUAAAAUAUGGGUAAAAAUCAGAAAAAUGCAUGAAUGCACUGUUGUAUUUUUGGAAAGCCAUGAAAAUUCUAUGCAAAAACAUCUUAAGAAUAAUCUUGUAGAUGUGAAAUAUAUUUUUGUCAGAAAGUUGAAUUUGGCCUGAACUACAUUCACAAAGAUGAUGUAAUUAUCCUUACUUUUGUACUGAUCCAUUCCUUACAUUAUUCCUUUGGAGAAAACUCAGGGUGUUGGCCUAUAAAGUGUGAGGAAUGUAUACAUUAUAUUCAGGCGCUUGUGUUCACUCAAUGAUGAAAUACAGCUCGUAUAUUUGAAUGGCCUUAUUUGCUGUCUUAGUGCGGUUUCCAUAUUUAAAGCAAUAAGCGUUUCAGUGCAAUCAUUUUAAAUCGCCUUUGAUCUUUUGUUUACUUUGUGUAAAAACACUUUGCAUAGCUAGAACCAAAAAUAUGUACAGGAAGACGACACGAUUUUGUGGGUGUGCAAUAAAUAUCUGAAACCA